CAUGUCAUUAGUUAUCGCGCAGAAAAAACAGACACGCCUUUCAGGCCGCUCGUGUGGAGGAGAGGGCGGAAGCUUAGGCUGCCAGUCACGGCCACAUCACGGUCUCACACGGCGCUAGUAAACUAACCAUCAUCCAGGCUUUAGGCGCUGCGCGGAGUCUUCUGGUUUCUUUUUCUUCUCCUAGUUUGCUUCGGUUCACUUUCAGUUCGGCUUUUAUUUCAUGGUCGUACUUUAAGCCGCGCCGGUUGGGACAGAUGAACUCUUUUUACGAAGAUAAGGACUGCAGUGAGUUAGGCUUGGCGGGAGAGCUCAGUCAAGUGAACUGCACAGAUGAGCUGGAGUUUGACUACCUGUUUGACUAUGAGCAGCCCUGCAGCGAGUUUUCCGCGGGAGAGCCUAAAGAUGAGAUCGAUCUUCCCCCACACAAAGUUGUCAGCACCCCCAGCAGCCUCCCAUACCCCCUGGAGGAGCCUUCCCCCUAUCCUGAGGCCAGCUCAAAGGCUCUUUCUGGUUAUGACCAUCUGGAGGCUAAAAACUACUUGGAGCACAUCAGGCCUAGCGGCCAAGCCCUAAGUCCAAGGAUUGAGAUCACUCCAUCUCGUGAGCACUACAACCAUGGGCAUGACUCGCUCCAUAACCACCUAGUGAACACCAGCCCCAGACCCACGCUCACUGUGCCUGGCCAAGACACCACAAUCUACCGUGAACCUCUCUGUCUUAGCCCAGCCAGCAGUAACUCCUCUGCCUCGUGGCACUCUGAAACCUACUCCCCCUUUGCCUCACCCUGCGUGUCACCCAGCAGUGGACAGGCAGUGAGUGGGGAGCUGUGCCCUCGCCUCCAAAACAUCCACACAGGCUCACCCCGAACCAGCCCAGGCACCUCACCACGCGCCAGUCUGGCUGAGGACAGCUACCUGGGCCGCUCCCCUUCCCCUCGGCCUGGCUCUCGUUCCACCUCCCCCCAGGGCAAGCGCACCUACGACAUGUACAGAAACCCCAGCCUGGUUCAUGCGCCUCGAUCUCGCAGCCCUUCGCCCCACAGCGGCCAUAAUGACCACCACGCCAGUGGCCCUUAUAAUUCCAGUAACUUGGUGGAGGUCAUUAAUGGGUUUGGACAACCUGGUUCAGUACCCACCAAGAUAGUCAAAACCAACCAGCAACCUUACACUGUUUACCCAGACAACCAUGCCGAGAGCUACCUGGUGUCAUGUGAUCAAGACAUCAAAACCAAAUCUGAGCCCUUUUUUGUCAUUCCCUCCAUCUGGUCCAAGCAGCUGGUGCCUGGAAUAUGCAGCAUCCCUGUGACCUCCCUGCCCCCUCUGGAGUGGCCUCUGCCCAGCUGCACAGACCAGUAUGAGCUGCACAUUGAAGUGCAGCCCAAACCCCACCACAGAGCCCACUAUGAAACAGAGGGCAGCCGUGGGGCCGUCAAAGCUCCCACUGGGGGUCACCCAGUGGUCCAGCUGCUUGGAUACAGAGGCAAAGAGCCACUGGGCUUGCAGAUAUUCAUUGGAACAGCAGAUGAGCGGAUCUUGAAGCCUCACGCCUUCUACCAGGUGCACCGUAUUACUGGCAAGACAGUGACCACAACCAGCUAUGAGAAGAUAAUAAAUAGCACCAAGGUCCUUGAGAUCCCUCUAGAGCCAAAGAACAACAUGAAAGCAACAAUCGACUGUGCUGGGAUUCUGAAGCUCAGGAAUGCUGAUAUAGAGCUGAGGAAGGGCGAGACAGACAUUGGGAGGAAGAAUACCCGUGUACGGCUGGUUUUCCGUGUACACAUACCCCAGCCAGGAGGCCAAUAUGUGUCUCUCCAGGUGGCAUCACAUGAAAUUGAGUGUUCUCAAAGGUCAGCGCAUGAACUGCCCAUGGUUGAGAAGCAGGACAUGGACAGUUGUUCAGUGCUGGGUGGUCAGCAGAUGAUUCUGACUGGGAAGAAUUUCAGUGCCGACUCCAAAGUGAUUUUCACUGAGAAGACCCAUGAUGGACAGCAAAUUUGGGAGGUAGAGGCCACAGUUGACAAAGACAAAAGUCAGGCAAACAUGCUGUUUAUUGAGGUGCCUCCUUAUCGAGAUCCAUCUAUCUGCCAUGCAGCUAAGGUCAACUUCUGCGUGAUCAAUGGGAAAAGGAAGCGUGGUCAGCCUCAGCACUUCACAUACAUGCCCCUGCCAGUUCCAUCCAUCAAAACAGAGCCAGUGGAUGAGUAUGAAUCUGGACAAAUGGGUUUUACAAUGUCUCAGAUCGUGGGAGUUUCACCCCAGUCCUAUUACCACCAUAAUCCACGUUCAGUCCUUAACCCAGAUAGUGGCCUGCUAUCCAGCUUGGCUUCCUGCCAGCAGUCACGCUCAGGCAUCUCCCCACCAGACCUACGCUUCCAGCAGCACAGCCCCGCUAUCGUCUAUUCCCGUGCUGAGAAGAACUUAGGUGGCAGCCUCUACUCCCAGACCAGAGUUAACAUGGUGCCAGAUCCACAUCGCUCUGUUCUGGUCCAUACUGGUUCUCCAGCCCAGUCUUCUCCCUUGAGUGGCCAGCAUGCAUCUACCCAGCAUCCCUCCAUCAUUCAGUUCUCCCCCACCAACCAUCACCUACUGCAAGGGGGUGAUCCCCCUGCCCCACCACCCCCUGAACAUCAGCAUAUCAUCUACUGUGAGGGCUACAGUCAGCAUGGGGCUCAAGCAGCAGCUGCCAGAUCCCCUGCUCCAGCACAGGCCCCCCACCCUCAGCAUUAUCCCACCGUCAUCCAGCAGCAGCCCUAUGUGCAGAGAGUUGCCAAAGACAGGUCCCCUCCUGGCCAGAUUGAUCCACAGAGGUGUUCACCCGCUGAGGAACAGAGAGCUUCCCUGCCUGGGCGAGUCACCGUCAAACAGGAGAACCUGGAUCAGGCCUACCUGGAUGAUGAUGGGUUUGGGGCACUUGCAGUGAUUCACCUUUCAACAUGAAUGCAACCUAACACAUGCUGCCAAAGCAAGCCAACAGUCGCUGAAGGGCAAGAAGCUAAAUGUCCUUGAUUGGUCCUUGAUUCAAAGUACUGACUUGGCUUUGAAAAUCUUUGAAGAGGGCCGUCCAUGAUUGCACUUGAACAAUUCUAUUAGAAACAAUAAGGAGGUUUCCCUUCUGCCUGGUAGAUCUAUCAAAAAGACUCAAAGCUGUAAUUCAAGGUGACUCCAUUAAAAAUAUAAACUAAGAGGGUUUUCUUUUAUCCAACCCAUUUACUCUGCUGGUUUCCUUACUUGCUUAUUUAUUUAUUAAUAGUUGCUUUCUUUACUGGACUUUAGGUCAGCAAAAGGUGACCGUGAACAGAGAUUAUAGCUUAGUGGAAGUAGAGGAGAGUGGUGCAGGUUCAAAUCCCAGAACUUACUGGAUAUUUCUAGCUGUGCCCUUGGGCAAAGCACCUAACACCCCGCUAAGCCUAGGACUCUCCACAAAAUCCCUUUCUUUAAGGGCUUGUUCCACUUUCUCUGACCAAACUCAAACUGCUAUGGUUUAAAACUGUGAGCUUGCCGUUCUGGCCAAAACAUCCCCCAGCUUGAAACGGUACUACUAUGUCUUUGAAAUGUAUGAAACAUAUCUUAUUAUGAGUUUCUCUCAUAUUAUUUCAUAUUAUGUCUUUCGGUUCAGGACAUUUAAGAUAUUUGACUAUGCUUGUAUAAAAUGGAAAAUUAUAACACAGAAAACCACAUAAAUCUGACUUUUAUAGCUUCACAGCCUUUUAUAUCAUGGAACUCAAAAUAACUGUGCCAUACUGCAACUAUGCGACAAUGCUUGUAAAUGUCAAACAUUAUAAAGAUAUUAUGUUUGUUUCUGUUGACACAUCAAGACACAACCCAUUUCUUUCAUAGGCCUGUUCAAAGGACGCACUUUGGAAACUCAGUAAGAACUCUUGGAACAAAGUUGGCUUGUCUUCAUAUGGCUGGCCAUCCUUUUGUUUACUACACUGUUUGUUCUCUGCAUUAAUUAGGUGAAAAAAUUGAUGAAAUCACUUACCUAAAAAUCCUUCGGUGCUGUUUAAAGACAAGCACUGUGCUUAGGGCUGAUUUUUACUGCAUGAUAGACAAACUAUUCAUCAUACUGUUCACAGCAUUUGUAGGUUUUAAUUAUGAGGUUCAUUCUUACUGGCCACCAGAGGGGGUGCAAAACAUAGUGAAUACUUUGUACACUUGGAAACAGGGUCAAGAUCUUGUAGCAACAAUCAGGCAGUGACAUGAUGCCUGAUGUAGACUGUAAUACAAAAACCCUGAUCACACAAACAAUUUCCUCUUCUUAUUGUGACACAGUAGCUGUUUCAAAAGAUACGCUGUAGUCUGUGUGGGCUGUAUUUCACUGACGGCUGUUACAAUUAGAAGGUUCCUUCAAAUACAGCUGAGAAAUGCAGCCUACAUCUCUAUGGCGAUUUGUUUUUCUUUUUUUGUAGGAUUUUUUUAUGUAGGGCCAUAAUGAAGCCAUAGUUUCUGUUCAGGUGCUACACAGAUGCACUAGGCAUUCUGUGCUUUGACCCUGAUGAUUGCCAUGUAAUUUGCAGUUGGUCAGCCCUGAGUGGACAGUCUACAUAAAUCAAUGUGUUCUAAAUCAGUUUCGCACAAAAACAAAGUGGUAGCCCAUUGUCUUUUUUGCAAACAAUGACAAUGUAUAGAUAUUCACUACCAUUCAAAAGUUACUAUAAACAGAAAUAGUCUAUGUGAAAAUGAAAGCAGCUUCACUAAUUCCUCAAAACUUUCUUGUGUCUGUAUGACUAUGAUUUGUUGCUGGGGAAGAUGUUUUGAGAAUUCUUCUUGCUGACAGCAGCAAUCUACGUGGCAUGUUCAGCAUUUAAAAUGUCAAAUUUUGGCAAAAGGUGAAGAGCAUAUCAGUCAGUGGCGUGCUUGAAGGUGGUGAGGGGCCCUUAUUGGUACUCUUAAGUGGCCAAUAAGAUUUUUACUAGUGUCAGUGCUCCCAGGGCCACACCCCUGCAUCUGCACCUGCUACAUUUUUACCAUGUUUGAGGACGCUACUGGAGUAUACUUCAUGGUUAUGCUCAUAAAACCCAUGUUUCUAAGAAUAACUAUUCUUAACACAUUGAAUAGUCAAUAAUAAAACAGUAAUGGUAAUGACAAUAACUCUACUAAUGACAACUGUACUAGUUACAUGAAUAGCAGUAGUAUAACAUCCUGUCUCGCCCUGCCCUGGUCUUUCUGUUUAUAUCUGCCAGUGUUUACCCUCCCUCCUGUGGCUUGCUGUGUGCUUUUUUGUUGUUGUUUUGGUCUCUGUCUUGUCUCCUGUCCUCCCUCCUUGUCAUCUGUCUUACCUGUGUGUAUUCUGUAGCCCCACCCUCUCCUUUGCCCCAGAUGUUUCUGGUAUGUUCCUUGUGCAUUUAUACUCCUGGUUGUUUUUCUUGGCUUUGCUUGGUGUUUCAGGCCCUGUUUUGUGUUUUCUGAGUUGUAUUUUAUUUUCUAUUAUGCCACUUAAACUUUUGUUUCCGUACAUUAUUUAAGUAUUUUGAUCAUUAGUAUUCUUUCUUUGUUUCACCAUCUUUGUGGAUACCUUUUUGUCAUGGAUUUAAAUAAAACCAAGGGCAUGCACUUGCA